AUGCUAUUACAGCGUGAGGCACUCUCGAGUUCAGAGUUGAGUUCUGGCGCUGGCCCUACUGUUGUCUCCCCUUCAAAGGCGCCUCAGCAGUCCAAGAAGCCGCAGAAUGGCCCCACCAUCACCGACCACGUCCUCUCUUUGGCGGCAGCCACCAAGGAGAGGCGUGGCAUCUCGCUGGCAGCCCUGAAGAAAGCGCUGACGGCCAAGGGUUACGAUGUGAACCGCAACAACGCUCGCGUCAACCUGACGGUACGCCAGCUAGUGCAGAAGGGCUCGCUGGUGAAGACGAGCGGCCACGGCGCCGCCGGCUCCUUCAAGCUGAACCGGCUGGCGGCUCCCAAGCAAGGAAAGAAAGAGGCAACCCGCAAGAAGGUGGCUUGGCGCACUCCUACCCCUUCCAAGAGGACGCGGAACAGGAAGAGGAGUCCAAGGCGCCAGACUAAGCCACGGAAGACCACCGCACGCCCCCUCAAGCGCCGGCCCAAAACGGGUGCCCGGCCCCGCGCCAGAGCCAAGGCUCGUUCCCGCCUCAAGCGUAAAGUAGGCAGGGCUCGGACGGCACGGGUCUAUCGCCGGUACAAAUCGGCUAAAGGCAAGAGAGCGAAUCGCGGACGGACCCGGCAGCCAGUGGGGCGCCAACGGCAACUCGGACCCCGGCGCUACUAG